AUGCUGUCUAUUAACGUCCCUGCCUACUCUAAACCGUCUGGGUACCAGCUCUCCGAAGUCCCCAAGCCGGAAAUUCAGGACCCAAAAGAUGUUCUUAUCAAAGUUCACGCUGCCAGUAUAAACCCAAUCGACGUGAAAAAGGCCGAUGGUAUCUUAAAGUUUCUUCAGAAAGACGCGUUCCCAUACAAGAUCGGCUAUGAUUGCGCCGGUACAGUCGUCGAGAUUGGCGCAGGCGUGACUCGAUUCAAAGUUGGAGAUGCAGUCUACGUUAGAUUGCCGGAGACGACUCGAGGCUCGUGGAGUGAAUACGCCAAAUGUGCAGAGGACUACAUCGCGCUCAAGCCACCGUCGUUGUCAUUUGAGAGCGCAGCCUCGAUUCCAUUAGCAGGAAUGACGGCUCUUCAGGCGCUGAGGAAAUAUGAUGGCGAUCUCACCGGGAAAACUGUAUUCGUACCCGCUGGAUUGAGCGGGACCGGUCUAUACGCCUGCCAACUUGCGAAACACGUUUUUAAUGCCGGGAAGGUGAUCACGACCGUCUCGACAUCGAAAGUUGCCCAGGUGGACGAACUCUUAGGAGAGGGAACGGUCGAUCAGAUAAUCGACUACAAGAAGGAAGACCCAAAGACUGUGAUUCAGCAUGGCACUGUCGAUUUUCUGUUCGACACAGCCGGCGUCGCCAUGGAAUACCUUUGUUUGAUGCGACCAAAGACCAGCUGGGUUGUGUCUAUUGCAACAUCCCCGUCAGGGAACCAGCUGCAGGAUUUUCUUGAGGGCCGCAACUCUGUCCCAAUAUAUGUCAAAUUCGUCCUGAAUUUGCUGGAUUCCAUCCGCAAGAUACGCGCUCGACGCUACGGCGUUAGCUAUACCUACAUGUUCCUGCAUGAGAACGGCAAGGACUUGGACGCGAUGCGGGGAUAUGUUGAGGAUGGUAAAUUGAAGACAGUCGUGGGGACUACAGUGGAUAUGUCCGAUAUUCAGGCCGUGCGAGCCGCCUGUGAGGUUGUAUACAGCAACCAGGGAGGCCUUGGAAAGGCUGUGAUUAAAGUUGCUCAGUCUGAGAAUUGA